GACUGCAACGAGAGCACCAUUCUGUUGGGCAGGACUGAUUUAGUCUACGUUCUGUCAGCAGCUACACAGACAUUGUUGAGGCGAGACAUGUCGCUCAACAGAAGAUUAUACGCGUGGUUGCUAGGCUCUGAUAUUAAAGGUGGUACUUUUGCUCCAGACUCAACAACUUCUGAAGACCAUGCUGUUUAUUUCUUUGGAAAAUAUUCUAAAGAUCUUUUGGUCGAGAGUUUAACUGAAAUUUUACAUCAGAAAUUCCCAGAGUCUGAUACAGAGGAACAGCAUCAAGCUUAUUUGAAACCCUUCCGCAUCCUGAUCAGUCUCCUUGACAAACCUGAAAUAGGGCCACAGGUUGUUGGGGAUCUGUUCCUUGAAGUUAUUAGAGCCUUCUAUUCCUACUGCAAAGAUGCACUUGGUUCUGAUCUCAAACUUAGCUACAAUCAAAGUGGCAAUGUACUUGCAAGUGCAAUCAAAGAGAACAAAAAUGCUUCGGAAAUUGUUAAAACAGUGAAUUUGUUGAUCACGUCCUUAAGCACGGAUUUCCUUUGGGAUUAUAUGACCAAAUGUUUUGAAGAUUGUUUCAGAAACAAAUCCACACAGAUGAAAUAUCCCCUUGAAAAUAUUAGCACUCCUCCUACAAUUUCAGAGCUCUGCACACUAUUGGUGUUUCUUCUGGAUGUGAUUCCUUUGGAACUCUACUCUGAAGUGCAGACUCAGUAUCUUCCACAGAUGCUCAGUUAUAUGGUGCAGUCUCUCCUAGAAAAUAUGGAAGUAUUAGGUUUACCCGAACUCACUCAUGCCUUGAAGACAUGUUUUAAGGUGCUCAGCAAAGUGCAAAUGCCCCCUUCCUAUUUGGACAUUGAGACAGGAAGUGGAAAUGGGAGCCCAGUGAAAAGGGAAAAUGUGGACAUAACCUUGGAGACUAAGUCUGUGCUGCAGGAAGAGGAUGAGACGCCAUUCCCUCCCCUGAAGUCAGAAGACAGUGGCAUUGGUCUAAGUGCUUCCUCCCCAGAGCUCUCUCAGCACUUGGGGGUGCCAACUGUGACCCUUGAGAGAGAUGAUGUCUGGAAGAAAGGGGGGAGCAUUCAGAAGACUUUGUAUUGCAUCCAAGAGCUGGUUGCCAAGUUUUCCAGUAAAUACAUUUUUGGGGUGCAAUUUCAAGAAACAAGUAACGAAAGCAUCUCAGCAAUGAAUCUGAGUGGGAAAGAGAAAAAAGAGAAUGGCUACAGGUUACCUGAAAGUACUAGCAAGAAAAAGAGCCCAUGGGAUGCAAAGCAAAUUACUGUACCUCAGUUUAAACAAAUGCUUUCAGACUUGUUCUCGGUUCGCGGGUCACCAUUCAAGAACAAGAGUUCUAAUCCCCUUCCUUCUGACCACAACUCUGGUAAUAAGAAGGAAAAGGAGGAAGAAGAGUGGGACUUAGAAGAAGUGAUGCUUGUCUUGGGACCCCUUAGAGAUGACUGCAAGGAAGCUUUUGCUGCAGCUUGUCACCUUCUGUUAGAUUGCACCACAUUCCCAGUCUAUCUUUCAGAAGAGGAGAUGGAACAGUUGUAUCUCUCUCUGUUUCAGGUUCCCGGUUGUGAUUCCAGCUUCCCUCUGUGGCUGAAGUCCUUAAUGACAAUAUGCUGUUGUGUGAAUGACUGCUAUGUUCAGAACGUGUCCAUCUUCACACUCCUGGAGGUGAUCAACCAUUCCCAGUCACUGGCGCUUGUGAUAGAAGACAGAAUGAAGCGGUACAAAGUGUCUGGCCACAACCCUUUCUUUGGAAAGCUGCAGAUGGUCACCCUUCCUCCCAUUGCGCCUGGAGUUCUAAAGAUCAUCUCAGAGAAAACAGAUUUCUACCAGAGAGUAGCCUGUGUGCUCUGGAAUCAGCUAAACAAAGAGACACGGGAGCACCAUAUUGCCUGUGUGGAAUUGUUCUACAGGCUGCACUGCUUGGCACCAUCAGCAAAUAUCUGCGAAGGCAUUAUCUGCCAUGCGCUUUUGGAUUGUGAUAAAGGGACAAGGCUGGAAGCACUGUUCAGAUUCUCUGUCAUGUGGCAUCUGACCAGAGAGAUCCAAGGCAACAGAGUGACUUCUCACAAUCGGUCCUUUGAUAGGUCUCUGUUUGUGGUACUGGACAGUCUCAAUUGUUCAGAUGGCGCAAUUGGUGCUGCAGCACAGGGCUGGCUGAUCCGUGCUCUUUCACUUAAUGAUGUUGCACGGAUUCUUGAACCAGUCCUGCUGCUGCUGCUUCAUCCAAAGACACAGCGCACGUCCAUCCACUACAUCAAACAGAAAAAUUCAGCAGACGAUAUACGUCAUUGGCUUUGCAAGAAAAAGGCCUCCUUGAAAGAGUCUGGCAUCUCUGAGAGCAAUUCUGAGGAAAACCUUCCAUUGAGCCAGUUUACUACUGUGGAUAGAGAAGCAAUUUGGGCAGAAGUGGAAAAAGAUCCAGAGAAUCCAGAGUUAAAAACUGAACAGUCUGAAAACUAUGGCUUUUGUAAUCCAGUAUCUUCACAUGAGGCAGAUGGCGACCAAGAUAACAGUGAGCACACAGAAUCAGCAGAUACCAGCACAGGCCAUGACAGUGAAAAUACAUCCUCUUUCUCCCCUUCUCUGGAGCUACAAGAAGUGAGCAAUGAGGACAAUGACAGUGCUGCAACCGAUGGCAAAGAGACCACAAACCAUGUGAGUUCUCUUAAUGCCUUCCUUCCCGAAAGCUCCAAAUCCAGUGUAGCGCUAAACCUGGUGCGUGCUGACUCUGAGAGGACUCAAGCGUCAGAGUCUCUGUCAAGUGAUGAAGAGGUGGACUUGGAGCUCCAGGAAAUUACCCAUUCGAGGUUGCUGAAGCAGCAGAAGGAAAAACAGGAGAUGAUUGAGGCUCUCUUCAAACACAUGCUGUUGUAUUUGCAGCCUUAUGAUUCUAAGAGGGUAUUGUAUGCUUUUUCUGUCCUGGAGGCAGUGCUUAAAACAAACCCUAAAGAAUUUAUUGAAGCUGUAGCUAGUACAAGCAUGGAUACCAGCUCCACAGCACAUUUGAAUCUUAUUUACAACCUCUUAGCUCGCCAUCAGGAAGCCCUUGUAGGUCAAAGCUUUUAUGGCAAACUGCAGGCUCAGUCCCCAACCAUGUGUCCCCAUUCUCUUCUAAUAGAAUUGCUCACGUACCUGUGUCUCAGUUUUCUGCGCUCGUAUUAUCCGUGCUACCUGAAGGUCACACACAGAGAUGUGCUUGGCAACCGAGAUGUUCAGGUAAAAAGUGUGGAAGUCCUGAUUAGAAUGAUGACCCAGCUAGCUACCAUGGCAAAGGCAGCAGAGAAUAAGAACAUAGAGUUCAUACGCAAUUUGCUAGGAAGAUGCAAAAUUCAGGAGUUUGUUCUUCUCUCUUUGUCUGCAUCUAUGUAUACAAGUCAGAAACGGUAUGAACUGCUCACGGCAGGUGGUGUUAACAAUGUUCCUGAAGAAGAACUCUUUGAGGAGAGCCUAAUCAAUUUUGGGCAUGAUCAAAUAUGGAGCGAACAUCCACUCCAGAUUGAGUUGCUGAAGCUCUUGCAGGUAUUGAUUGUCUUGGAGCACCAUAUUGGACAGACUCAAGAGGAGCAGGAGAAUCAGCCAGACCUCUCUAAGGAGUGGCAGCAGGCUCUUAAUUUCCAGCAGGCUAUCGGUGCGAUGCAGUAUGUCUAUCCACACCCUAUAACUUCACAGGGAUUAUUCGUCUCUGCUGUGGUUAGAGGUUUGCAGCCAGAGUACGGCUAUGGGAUGCAUCCUACUUGGGUUGGCUUAGUCACAUGUUCCCUGCCCUAUUUUGGGAAGUCUUUAGGCUGGACUGUGGCACCAUUUGUUGUACAGAUAUGUAAAAACCUGGAUGAGCUUGUCAAACAGUAUGAAAAUGAAGCUGUGAAGACAUCAGCAAAAACAUCGGCAAGUUUAACUUCUAAAAGAGAAAAUGUUACACCUGAUUACCCAUUAACCCUUUUGGAAGGUCUGACAACCAUCAGUCACUUCUGCCUUCUGGAUCACCCUAACCAAACUAAAAAGUCAUCAUGUUUAGCUGAACCUGCAAACCUGAGAAAUGCUAGGAAUGCCAUUUUGGAAGAAUUGCCUCGCAUUAUUAAUACCAUGUCCCUUCUCUGGAGUGUUAUAAAGAGGGAAGACUCUCAAAAAAGACCAACUGACUUCUUUGGAACAACUAAAGGCUCUUCUUCGGUCUAUUUUAAAGCAACCAAAACAUUAAGAACUAAAAUACUGGACUUCAUGAAUCCAUUGACAGCACAACUUGGAAUCCAGUUGAUGGCAGCGAUUGCAGCAGUGUGGAAUAGCAAGAAACCUCAUCGGAAUCAAAGUAAAAUCAAGAUUCCUCCAGUGGCUAGUGCAUCUCAGCUUAUUCUUGUGGACUUAAUAUGUGCACUUAACACACUGAAAAUUGACACUAUCUUACAUCUAGUCAAAGAGGUAGUCAAGAAACCAUCACAAAUCAAGGGUGAAGAGAAAUCGUCUCUUGUAGACAUUCCAGUGCUGCAGUUCAGUUAUGCUUUCAUUCAAAGACUGCCUGUGUCAGCCUUGCAGGAGAACUUCCAGUCCUUAUUAGGACUUCUCAAAGAGUCUGUGCAGUUGAACUUGGCUCCUCCUGGACACUUUAUUCUUCUCAGUACUCUGAAUGACUUUGUGACUAGGACGCCUACUCUGGAAAACAAAAAAGACCAAAAAGACUUGCAGGAGGUGACCCAAAAAAUCUUGGAGGCUGUAGGGACUGUUGCGGGUUCUUCUCUGGAACAGACUAGCUGGCUGAGCCGGAACUUGGAAGUGAAAGCUCAGCCUCAGAUUUUACCAGAUGACUUCAACAUUGAAGACGUGAACGAUACAUCAGUGGCACCAUCGUCAAUGGUUUCUGCCUCUGCUCCUUCGAUAUACAGUGUCCAAGCUCUUUCUCUCCUUGCAGAAGUUCUCGCUUCUCUUUUGGACAUGGUUUACCGGAGCGACGAGAAGGAGAAAGCGGUGCCACUGAUUUCACGUUUGCUUUAUUAUGUAUUUCCUUAUCUACGCAACCACAGUGCCUACAACAUUCCUAGUUUCCGUGCUGGUGCUCAGUUGCUCAGCUCAUUGAGUGGAUAUGCCUAUACCAAACGAGCCUGGAAAAAAGAAGUUGUCGAGUUGUAUAUGGAUCCAGCUUUUUUCCAGAUGGACACUUCAUGCACUCAUUGGAGAGCCAUUAUUGAUCAUCUUCUAACACACGAGAAAACUAUGUUUAAAGACUUGAUGAAUAUGCAGAGCAGCGCCUUAAAACUGUACCCAAGUUUUGAGCAAAAAGCGAUGUUGUUGAAGCGGCAAGCUUUCGCUGUCUUCAGUGGAGAGAUUGAUCAGUAUCAUCUCUAUCUUCCCUUAAUACAAGAACGACUGACUGAGAACCUCCGUGUUGGGCAGACUUCUAUAGUUGCCGCGCAGAUGUUUCUCUUCUUCAGAGUUCUUCUGUUAAGGAUUUCUCCUCAGCAUCUGACCUCCUUGUGGCCAAUUAUGGUAACUGAAUUGAUUCAGACAUUUCUACAGCUGGAAGAGGAUUUAACUGAGGAAGAUGAACCAUCAAAGAGCAACAGCAAAAUAAGCAAACAGAAAAUGUCAGGGGAUGGCAGUGGAUCUGACAUACAGCAGAAUGAGCUGUCCUUGUACUUAUCAGCUUGCAAGUUUUUGGACACAGCACUUUCGUUUCCACCUGACAAGAUGCAGUUGUUUCAAAUGUACAAAUGGGCAUUUGUUCCAGAGAUGGACACAGAGUCAUCUACUGUGACCUCUCACCUGGUAGAGAAUCAUCAGGAAUGCAGACCACACAUUUUAAGAAUCAUGGAUCUGCUGAAGAUGAAAUAUGGGGAAACAAACAACACUGAGGGAAUUCCCAAGAAGCACAAGUUUCCUCUGUUGAAUGUGCGCUCUGUUGCCAGCAUCACCCAGCUCAUGCCCUUCUUCAGGACUCUGUGUUGCGCGUUUACAGCGAACAGGAGCGAGCCCCAGAAUUCACGUACUUCUGCACCCCUCUCUGCGGACUGCGUUGGCAGUCAUGGCACAAAUAUCCUGCAACAGCUUGAAGAGAGUGUUGAAUGUGACUUCCUUGAAAACAUGGAAAGUUAA